GGGCAGUUGGAGGUUUGAAGCCAAACAGGCGAUUAGAAUGUCAUCGUUUUCUUUCACUACUCCAUAUUAUUCCUCUCUGCAAAUCCUUCUUUCCGAUCGCAGCUUCAACCAAGCAACCACAUCUGUCCUUCUGAAUCGGAAUCUCUUUCCGAUUUCAUCAAAAUUUUUGAGAAUUUCUUCACGCAGACACAGGUUUCACGCAAACUCUGUUCGCUCAGGUGCUGAAACUGAAGAACCUCGAGCUCAGCAUUCGCCCGAAAGUAAUGCAGUUUCGAACAAUGGAAGCAAGCUUUCUACAAGUUUUCUAUCUUAUCUCUGUCCUUUACUCAAGAUUUUCGCUGGAGGAGAUCCUUCGAGAGAGAGGAAUUUUACUUUGGAGGUAGCCACAUCUUCCUUAUCUACAUUGGCUAGGCUUCCAUGGGGCUCAAGAACGUUGUCGGAUAGUUCUCAAAGCAAUAGGAAUAUUAAUUUGGAGCCUCUGUUGCCUUUGCAACUCUAUGAAUUUGAGGCAUGCCCCUUUUGCAGGAGGGUUCGAGAGGCCUUAACUGAACUGGAUCUUUUAGUAGAGGUUUAUCCUUGUCCCAAGGGUUCUAUUAGACAUCGGGACAUAGUUAAGAAAUGUGGUGGCAAAGAGCAGUUUCCUUUUCUUAUUGAUCCAAAUACCAGUACUUCAAUGUAUGAAAGUGGUGAUAUCGUGAAAUACCUCUUUCAUCAGUAUGGAAAUGGUAGAAACCCCUCAACGUGGCUUUUAGAAAGUACAUUGUUUACGGGGUGGAUGCCAACAAUUCUUAGGGCUGGUAGAGGAAUGACAUUGUGGGGAAAGGCCUCGACAGACCCACCGCCAAAAAAGUUGGAACUUUUCUCAUACGAAAACAAUCCGUAUGCUCGAAUUGUGCGCGAGGCAUUAUGUGAGUUGGAGCUUCCUUACAUCCUUCAUAACGUGGGAGAAGGAUCUCUACGGACAAAGCUACUUCUUGACGUUUCCGGAUCAAAAGAGGUACCCUACUUUAUUGAUCCCAAUACUGGUAUUGAAACUGGCAACUACAAGCAGAUUUUGUCUCAUAUAUUCCAGACGUAUUCUGCAGCUACCCUAUAGUCUUCAUGUCUGAUACCAUUAAAUUUCUUACCCGUGAAGCAACAGAAGACUUUGUUAAACAUGCUUUUAAGGCUGUAGGAUACUCUUUUAUAAACUAAGGUAUUCACUGUAUCCUAAAAUUAUCAUAUCCUAAGUCCCUAUUGAUGAAUAUGUCUAAUGUAUUAUUAUGUUAC